CAGGUCGCUAGCUUCUCGCGCCAGCCGCAUCGCAAGCGCAGCUCUUGCGCAUCGCUGCGCAAAUUCAAAAUUAGACACUACUACGCCAUCGCCGCGCUGGCGCUGGCGGUGCGUCUGUCCGCGCUGCGACUCGUCAGGCGGCCAGUCACCAGACAGCUCUCCGUCCUAGCCAUGGCCAAACGCGACGCCAGCGCCUUCGACGAGGCCGCCGCCACCCGCGACGCGAAGAAGCUCAAGGUCGCCGAGCUCCGCGCCGCGCUCGAGGCCGCCGGCGCCGAUUCGAAAGGAUUGAAGGCCGAACUCGUGGAGCGCCUCGUCGCGGCGGCUCGCGACGGGUCCGCCGAAGUGCCGCCGGCCGCCCCGUCGCCGCCACCGUCGGCCAAGAAGGCCAAGUCGCCCGCGAAACCCAAGCCGGACGGCCAGAAAAUAGAAAUCGUUCGAUUAGACAGCAAAGGCGCCAUUCAAGAAACGCUCGAGGCGCCCCAGUCCUACUCCGACGCGCGCGCGGAGUUCGGCAAAUUGCGCCACUCGACGACGCUCGACGACGGCGGGUCCCUCGAGCUAAGGGUCGGCGGCGUCGCGAAGCUCUCGACGCAAGACGAGAAGAAGAAGAAGACCAAGACCAAAAAGGCGAAGGCGCCGGCCGGGCCGAUCCCGCGGUCGGCCUGCCCCCGCACUUCAGUGGAAGGCAAGAAGCUUGCAUUAUUAUCGGUAAACGUCGCCGGCCUGAGGGCUUUACUAGACCCAGCCAAGGACGCCGCGCGAAGGGACGCGUUACAGAAACUUGUCCAAGACGAAAAGCCCGACGUCCUAUGUCUGAAUGAACAUAAGCUCCAGGAAAGUCAUGUGGACGCCAUGAAGGAAGAACUAGCAUCACUCCUGCCGGACUACCCCGUCUCCUUACAGCACUUCACGUGUAGCACGGCGAAGAAGGGCUACUCUGGUGUUGCUAUGUUAAUCAGGAGGGGCGGUGUCGCGGAAGGCGCGGACGUGACGGCUGGAUAUGAGACUACUGAUGAAAUCGUGAAGACGGAAGGUCGUUUACUCACACUAAAAGCGCCAGGACUACCUACGAUUGUGGCGACGUACGUCCCGAACUCGGGUCAAAAACUAGACAGAUUACAAUACCGCUGCGAGACCUGGGACCGCGGCCUCGCUUCCUACGUGAAGGGUCUCGGCAAUACGAUUGUCAUUGGGGACCUGAACUGCUGCCACCUGCCCGAAGAUAUACAUAAUAUGUAUACGAGGCCGAACUUCGCGGAGAUGCGUGCCGGGGAUGUGCCCGUGGAGGAGCAAUACAAGGGCCUCUCGGGCCCGGCGAAGCAGGCCGGUUUGACGGUGGAAGAGCGCAAAUCGUUCUCAAAGCUGCUGGCGGACGCCGACCUGGUCGACGCGUUCCGCACGAAGCACCCGGAGGCCCUGGGCGUCUUCUCGUACUACUCGCAGCGCGUCGUCGCGAACCGGGGCAUGAACCGAGGGCUGCGCCUCGACUACGUCCUGGCGUCGCCCUCGCUCAAGCUGGCCGACGCGUUCAUCCUGUCGACGGACGACGCGUGGCCCUUCGCGGACCACUCGCCGGUCGGGGCGGUGUUUCAGCUCGACUAAGAAUAGAUGGUUAU